AUGAUCGCCACACUGAUGGGAAAUUGCCUCUUCAAAGGCUCAACCACAACACUCGACGGUAUCGGUUUGCGACCGAUGCCAGCCGAAAGGCCGAAGACGUUGCGGAAACUGAAGUCAGUGUACGACGCGUCGCCCACAGAUCCACCGACGAUCACCAACACGAACCUGAACAGCAAUGGACAGGUGGAGAGGAAUAUCAACGGUGUCGAGGACGAAGUUAGGAGACGAAGCAACACUACGAGCUCUACACACAGCGGGGACAAAUCGCUGUCGAUACUCAGCCCGUUCGAUGAGCAGGAGGAAUGGGCGAAGAUCUCCGAGAUAAUGGCAUCGUUCGGCAGCAAACUCGUUCGGGAGUCCGUCUUCGUUUCCGAGCUGGAACAGGAGUUCACUACGAGACUCGGCUUGAGCUGUUCCGAAUCCAGUUUGAGUCCGUCGGUUACUUCGAACUUGGGCUACUGGUUGUCAAGUCUUGGCCUUCAUGAUUACGAGCCACUCUUCAUGGAGAGCGGUUACGAUGAUAUCGAUUUUGUUAAUGGCAUACUUGAUGAUAACGACCUACGCGAAAUGGGAAUCGAAGAAAACGACAGACAAAAAAUACUAGAAUCGGCGAAACAAUUACCUCUUAAAAUAGCAGAAAUAAGCAAUAACUAUAACAAUAAUAAUAUAAGUAAAAACCAAAUUGAAACUGUAGAUGAAUGGCUAAGGAAUAUUAAUUUAGAACAAUAUAGUGAUACGUUCAGGAAACAUUUAUACGUAGAUAUGGACAGAGUAAGGAGAAUUUGGGAAGUAGAGUUGACAGCUGUACUUGAAAUACAGAAGCCUGGACAUAGAAAAAGGAUUCUGUGCUCAGUGUCCGGGGAACAGAAUGGUCCAAUUAAUCACAUCGAGGAUAUUAAUGCUGAUCUCAAUACUUUGAAAAACAACAUAAAACAAUUAAAGGAUGAGAUUAAGGAGAAGUUACCGCCUUCCGAAAACUUGAAACCCGUACCGCCUCCAGUAGUUCCUAAUUUAGCGCCCCCUGGUGGUGAGACGCUUAAAAGAAGUAAGAAAAACAGACCAGCGCCACAACCACCAAGACCUUCGGAUUUGGAGAUCAGAGCGCCAUCCGAAUUGUUGGUAGGGGUCCCGGGAGCUUUGAAGACGCAAUGGAAACAUCAACCGUUUGUUUUGGUGACUGGAGCAGUGACGUACGUAGCUAAUUACCUAGGAUCGACUGUUGUGAGAGAGCUUCGAGGUACUGAAUCAACGAAGAAGUCAAUACAGAAACUAAAAAAGACGACCAAGGAGCCUCGGGAUUCCCCAGAUAUCAUUCUCUCUAUCAGCUACAGAGGUGUGAAGUUCCUUAACACUAUUACACGGGAGCUGAUAUGCGAGCACGAAAUACGCAACAUUCACUGCGCGUGUCAGGACGCCGACGAUCUCACUCACUUUGCGUACAUCACUAAAGAUCACUCAACAAGAAGCCACUACUGCCACGUGUUUCGAGUUGCCACAAUGGAUCAAGCUACUGAAGUCAUCUUAACUCUAGGCGAAGCGUUCGAAGUGGCCUACCAAAUGGCCCUCAGGGAACAAUCCAAUCGCGCGAGAGUGACUCAAUCGCUGGCUAAAACCCCAACGCAUGACCCCAUGACAACUAACAACAAGGAGAAGCCGAAUAUAAAUCACGGGAGGUCACAUUCCAUAACAGAGAUCAAACUAAAUGGUCACCAAUUGAAAAUUGCCCCCUUUCCCGCUUCGUUAUCGAAUGAAGAUUUCCAGUCGUCGUCGCGGAACUCCGAUGGAUCUAGAAGCCCUAGGACACCUCUUUUGAAAGCACCUAUAGCUUCCACGGAAGAAUUGUGA